GGCAAAAAGCAGGGGAUUUCUCACGAAGCGCUUCCUCGUCCCCGCACACCCAUCGUCUCCAGCUAUCUCGAGCUAGGGUUUGGCGCGCCGCCAGCCAGCUCCCGGCCCCGGCGUCGUCCGAUCCGCCGGCGGGAGGCCCCUACGACGCCGCCCCAGGCCGGCCGCCCCUUCUCCUUCACUCCUCCCGGACCAGCCGCCCCUCCUCGACUCCUCCCCGCCCGCCCCGACGUCCAUCCUCGCCCUGCAGCAGGAGGCGUCCGCAGGCCCGCCGGCCCGCCUGCCCUCCGUUCCCCCCGCCCGGCAGCAGGACGCGCCCGGCCUCCGCCCGGCCAGGAUAGCUGAUGGAAAAAGUGAAGGGUCCGAAAGCAAUUUGGGAUGCUGCGGCUCAUUCCAUUUAUAUGGAUGUGUGCGUAGAGGAGGUGCGAGCCAAUAACCGUGCUCCAGGACACACCACUUUGUCUGAUGUAGGCCAAGUUAAUUUUCUUACUAAGUUUAAUGAGCGCUCCGGGAGAAACUAUUCUCACCAACAAUUAAGAAACCGGUGGGAUGCAUGUAGAAGUGAUUAUGCCAUAUGGAAGACAUUGCUUCAAAAAGCUUCGGGCAUCGGAAGAGAUCCUUAUACAAAGACCAUUGCUGCUACGGAUGAGUGGUGGGCAUUGGAGUUGAAGGCACGUCCGCAGGCUACCAAGUAUCGGCAUGCUCCACUUGCGGAGGAGGACAAAAUGGAGGAGGUGUUUGAUGCUUGUUGUGUCACAAACGAGCAUGCGAGAGUGCCAAUUCCCACAUAUCAAGGUUCUACGUCUCGAAUCAAUUUUGUUCGUAUGGUGGAGGAGGAGGAAGUGGGCAAGUGAGCAUGCAAAGAAUGAGGCAUUUGUUCGUAUGGUGGACCUCUUUGAUUCAAGGAACAAGAGAGAUGAGACUCAAGUUUCAGCAAGACAAGAGAUUCAUGAAAUGAUGGCCAUGGUAGAAGCAGAUGGUGGUGCACCUGGGAGUGAUGUUCAUUUCUAUGCUUCACAGCUAUUCAAGGAUCAGACAAAUCGUGAUGUUUUCUCUGCCUUCAAGACUCACGAGCCUAGUGCGAGGCUGAUAUGGAUAAACAAAGCAUGGGAGUUCAACAAUAAGUAGAACCUUUAUGUUUCGAAUGCUUUCAACUUGUAUCGUAGUGAACUAUGUUCUGAUUGCUUUCAACUUGUAUCGUACUGUCCUAUAUUAUUCGCUUUGAACCCAUGUAUUUCCUUUGAACUUGCAUCCUAUUCAACUAUGUUAUGGUUUGAACCAAAAUGGAUAAAAAAACAAGAAGAUGAGGAAUUUGAGGCAGGACUGAUUGCAUUUGCUUUGGAAAUGGCGUCGUCAAGCAAAUCGUUGCCGUAUGCGUCAAGAAGAUUACCCCUUGUUACUGGCCUCGAAUGGGUGGAAGAGAAGGAGCGGGAUCCAAAAGCAUUCUACGCUAUGUUCAGAAUGAGGAGGUCAGUGUUUUACCCAUUGCAUGAUCUGUUGGUUGAGAACUAUGGCCUUCAGUCAACUUGCAACAUAUCAUCCAAAGAAGCGUUGGCGCUUUUUCUAUGGACUUUGGGGACAACGCAGACCACUGACAAUGUGGCGGAUCGGUUUGCACAUAGUCGUUCGGUCACCAACAAAAAAUUCCAUGAGGUUUUGGAGUGUGUAGACUGCAUGGCCGGUGACUACAUUAGGCCAAUGGAUCCAUCUUUCUCUGAACCUCAUCCAAUACUUAGAAAAACAAGGUUCUGGCCUCAUUUCAAAAAUGCUAUUGGAGCCAUAGAUGGAACACACAUUAAAGUGGUUGUGCCCAAGGAAUUGGAGCCCCAACAUAGGAAUAGGAAAGGGUACACAACCGAAAAUGUCAUGGCAGUGUGUGAUUUUGAUAUGAGGUUCACUUUUGUUGUUCCUGGAUGGCCCGGAUCUGUUCAUGACACACGUGUAUGGAGCGAUGCUAUAGUUCGCUAUGAGCAUUAUCCACAACCACCCACAGAUAAAUACUACCUUGUCGACUCCGGAUAUCCCAACAGAGUUGGAUAUCUAGCACCAUACAAAGGGCAACGGUAUCAUGUACCUGAUUUCCAACAACACCCUCCCAUGGGGAGGUAUGAGACAUUCAACCAUCGACAUUCUUCUUUGCGCAAAUUUAUCGAAAGAUCAUUUGGUGUUCUCAAGAUGAAAUGGCGUAUUCUCCAAGGCAUACCACGGUACAAACCGGAGACCCAAAAGAUGAUCAUCACUGCAUGCAUGUGUCUUCACAACUACAUUCGUGAUAGCAAGUUACGUGAUGAGCAUUUUGACAAGUUUGACAAUGAUGCAUACGUGCAACCUCCACAGCCUUUUACAGGUGCCAACGCUUUACCACCUGACGAUGAUGGUACCAUGGCCGCUACACGUGAGGCUAUUGCCGUCAGCCUUGUACCUUGAGAUCAUCCAUCUAUUUGUAGUUUGCAACUCCCUUUUAACUUGUAAUAUUAUGCAAUAUAUGAUAUUUUCAACUCUGGUUCUAAAUUGUAAUGGUAAGCACUUUAUGAUAUUUGCAAGUCGCUUUUAUAUUGUAAUA